AUGAAUUCCAGCUUCCUAUGCCCCAACAGCCAGCUAGUUAGUCAUGUCAGCGUGGCACCACGCAAAAGGUCUGUCCACCAGAGCAGGGAGCUCAUCGUUGCCACCUCUUCACAAGAAGAAAAAACUUCUAUCCAUCCCCGCGCGAGUGAUGGUCUCCAUCGUUCAGCGUCACUCGAAGCUGCUCCAACUCGCAAAAACCCACCGCCUUCAUUGACUCCGGCGAACAUCACCAAAGCAGCGUCGGGCUUCAAGCGAGAGACUCCAAGCGCAGUCCAGGCUCUCAAUGUAAAGGAUUUGGAAAGAGAGCGGCGGGGAUCACCAUGGCCCGCUUUAGAAAGAAGCAGCGUGACCUAA